CUCCAACGCGACUGCUCAACCAGAACAAGAGCCACACCAGCAUCUCGGUCGCGCCUGGAGCGUCUCACGAAAAGGAGGUUAGCCUGCGUCUGGCUUCACGCUGGUGUUUCACUGCUUGUUCUAUGUCGAUUGAGCAUUGAACAGUCGCAAAGGAUCGACGACACAACGCUCGGCGUCACCAGCAGCGAUUCGAAAUCCACCCCCCGUCAUCGCGACCUUAUCCAACACAACUCGGCAUCAACGCAGAAUGGCCCCAAUCGACACUGCUUUCGGUCUGCUGGCCUUUGCGCAGCGCCGGUUUGACCGCCUCAUCAGUCCUCAAGCUCGCAGUCGUGCCUUUGACCGAGUCCAAGCGUUCGCUACGGCGCGGCCCCUUUGGUUUACCUUCAUCGUUGCCCAGGUUUUGACCUCGCUGCUCCCAAUCGGACUGUUCCUCGCCUUCACCAUCUCCAUACUGGUCCUCUCGGUGGGCGCCGCCCUUCUCUUCUCUCUGUUCUGGCUCGGCGUCGCCCUCCUAUUCCUCAUCCCGGCCCUCUUCAUGACCGUCUCGCUCGGCUUCCUCGUCUUCAUGUGGGCGGUUGCUGCCCGCUUCGCCUGGUUCGCCCUCCCCGCCAGGAUCAAGGCCUCCAUCACGGCCGGUGCCUCGGGAUCGUCCAAGAACCACAGAGGCCAGAACGGCUACCGCGAGGCCUACUAUCCCACCUACGCGGCCGUGGCGCAGGCGGCGGCUGAAAAGGGCGCCAAGAACUACGGCGGAGACAGCGAGGUGCCGGCGCACAAGACUUACGACACCACGCCUCCCAAGUCCCCCUCCAAGUUCGACAUCAACGGGUCAUCGCCGCCCACUGAGCCCAUUGGAAUGGCGGACCUCCAAAAGCUCAGGGAGAUGAAGGAUGGGUCGGUUACCCCUUAGUUGGGGUAUUUCGAUGCGAUCUGGGCAAUAAGUCAGCCAGAUCCAAUUACUUCAAAAGGCCCCGGUCUGGCUACUAUCGUUUCUUCCUGCACUAAUUACUCGGGUUUUGUUCUUCUUUCAUUAUGCGAAUCGGAUUUCCAUGUCUUGGGGUUCGGACGGAGUAGCUUCAAGGUUGGCAGAGUCCUUCCAGUCGGAUUUCCCACUUGCUUUCAACACACAAAGUCACCAAGGGACCGGGCCUUGAUGCGCGAAAUUGUUAUGAGCUCUGCGCUUUCACUGUUCAAGUGUUCAAAUAUCUACAAGACGGGCUAUGGUUGACAAUGGCUUGGUGCUGUUGGUUGGUAUACCCUAUUGCUGCUGUUAACUUGCUACUACACGAUGCCAACCAGUUGUCCCCAACUCCCAUCCAAUGACAUUAAGGUGUGCAUGCAAUUUCAAUUCCAUCUUCCAUACCUAAACAGUCUCAGUCAGUG